ACUACAUCACUGGUUAUGCCCUCAAAGAUUUUGAAAACUCAAUAAAAAUUAAAAAAAAAGGAAAAAAGUUAUGCCCUCAAAGAUGGCGUCUAUGGGGAGGUCACGUGUGACAGUUUUUCAUAUGAGGUUAACUGCAAGACAGAAAUUAAAAAUAAAAAAAACCCCAAAAACUGCAAGACAGAUAUCAAACUUCACUUUAAAUAAGAUUAUUUUCAUCCUACUAAGAGAAACGAUGUGUGUGGGCGUUGGCCGUCUGCCAAAGCGUCCUCUCGCUGCCCUGCCCUGUGACAUCAUAGUAGCCUCCGCUGCACUUCACUGUCUCUCCGCUUGGUUUCGAACGUCUUUGGAAGAACAUUGAAUUUGUGAAACUUGCACGGUAUUGUACUUUUAUACCUCCAAACAUCAAGGAAAGAAGAAGCAGAUGACCCACCGUUCUGUGAAACUUGCCGUGAACUGUAUUAAUCAGAAUAGCUGGACCGUGUCCGACGACGACAAGUUGAGAAUGGCCAUCAAACUUCCUGCGAUCACUAAAGGACUGGUGGACAACAGGAACCAUCGCCCACAGCUCAGUGUAAACACACAGAGAAAGAAGGAGGAGCUCCUACAGCUGACUCAGGGAAAGCAGUGGAUCAACCAGCCAAUCAUGACGCAGGAGUCAGAUCCCAGGAGGGACCGUAAAAUGGUUUCGACCUCCACGAAGCUGAAGCCGUCAGCUCUCAUACCGAUGAAGGAUUGGGAAGAGCGGCACCAAAAAAAUAUGCAUCGACAAAUGCUGAUGAAGGCCAAACCUGCAGUCGACGCCAAGGGCCCCGAAACACUGCCGCUUAUUAGAGGCAUUCGGACGAAAGUCCAGGAUUCGACCUCCACGAAGCUGAAGCCGUCAGCUCUCAUACCGAUGAAGGAUUGGGAAGAGCGGCACCAAAAAAAUAUGCAUCGACAAAUGCUGAUGAAGGCCAAACCUGCGGUCGAUACCAAGGGCCCCGAAUCACUGCCGCAUAUUAGAGGCAAUUGGACGAAAGUCCAGUUGCAGAAAGAAAGGAAGAUCUCUCUCGAAAACCAGCAGAACGAACAGCGAAUCCUGAUGCUGGAGUCAGAUUUCAGGAGGGAACGCUGGGAAGCUGAGUGGGAACAGGUCCAGCGACGGAGAGACCACUGCGCACGGUUUCCCCGAGGAGAGACCAACAAACAGGUAUGAUCGUAAUUCACACUUUUCUUC